AUGUCUCAUUCUGCUGGGCGGACACAUCUGAUUGAGGGAAUCGGCAAUGAAGUCCUUGUGGGGCUCGGGGGACUUUUAGGGGGCCUUGUCGGAAUGCUGAUCUUUGUAAAUCAGAGGCGCAGACAGGGGAUUCAUCCAGAUAACUUUGCCAAUGUUGCCUCUACAAGAGAAAUGCUCCAGCAUGAAUCAGAGGGGGGUCGAAACAGCCAAAGCCCUAGAGCAAGCCAGCGUAAUAGUGGAGAACUCACGUGUCCUAUUUGUCUGGGAACAGCCGUUUUUGCUGUGGAAACAAACUGUGGCCAUAUUUAUUGCGGGCGCUGCAUAAUCACUUACUGGCAACACCAGUCAAUUCUGGGGCCUGUUAGGUGUCCUUCUUGUAGAACACAGGUGUCUUUGCUGCUGCUAAACUUCACCUCACAAGAACACGCGGCAGAAUCAGAGGAGAGGCAAGAUGUUAUAGACAAAAUCAACCAGUACAACCGGAGGUUCUCAGGGGCACCUCGAACAAUUCAAGAAUACUUCCAGGACCUGCCAACUUUGCUACGACAUGCCUUUCAUGAAUUCUUCAGCCUUGGUGGAUUGAUGUGGAUGUUUAGGUUUCGGAUUGGUAUUUUGGUCCUUGCAGCUUUCUUGUACUUAAUCUCCCCGCUGGACAUUCUGCCUGAGGGUGCCUUAGGAAUCGUGGGGUUUCUAGAUGAUAUUUUUAUAAUUUUUCUUGUGGCGAUUUAUAUAAGCAUUAUCUAUAGGCAGGUUGUUGCUUCAAGAGGGACAUAA